AUGCUCAACUCAGAUACCAACUCACUUACUGUUACCUACUCAAUUCCAAAAUCCCGCACAAAGGAUAUCAUACUCGAGGGAGAAGAAGAUUAUGCAGAGAUGGUUGGGCAAGUACAAAGGAAGAAGAGUGCUGAGGGUACAUUAGUUCUUAUUGAGAACAAGGUGACCAUUUGGGAGAUAUCAAGCAGCAACUCACGAGAUGCAGAUGAAUCAAAUGACGAGGCAGAGCCACAGAGGCCAUGGAAACAACAAUCUCUGAAUGCACUAGAUUCAGAUGACAAUACAGAGCCACAAAAAAGGCAAAAAGUCCAUGAACCAACUGUCGAAGAGCAAGAACAGGAUAAGAUCAUCAAGAACCUACAAGACCACUACCACUGUGAAGAUAAAGCUUGCCCAUACAAUCAAUGCUGGUCUGCUGGCAUCAUUUACACCAUUGGGCAUCAUGCAAUAGUUUGA